CACACGCGCUUGCGGAAGUAGUCUCAAACUAUGCUAAAAACAUCCAAAGCGACUUCAGUUGGGAGGUACCCGUUAGAAGGAGCGUAAUUGAGCUGUUGCUCGGGAGUAACAACAGUUUAGUAUUUCACAGAAGCUAGAUAUGAAACUUAAAGAGUUAGAGAGUUGUCUGCAGCAGGUGGACGUUUUUGAAGAGCCAAAAAUUCUUCUUGAGCAGUAUCCAACCAGCCCUCAUAUUGCAGCAUGUAUGCUUUAUACGAUCCAUAACACGUUUGACGACAUUGAGGGGAAACUAAUAGCUGAUCUGGGAUGUGGCUGUGGGGUCCUCAGUAUCGGAGCUGUGAUGCUGGAUGCAGGUUUGUGCGUCGGGUUCGACAUUGACAGCGACGCUCUGGACAUUUUCAGGAGAAAUGUAGAUGAGUUUGAGAUUUCUAAUUUGGAUCUGGUCCAGUGUGACCUUUGCUGUCUGGAGGCUGAGGCUUAUGCCAAAAAGUUUGACACAGUAAUAAUGAACCCGCCAUUUGGGACUAAACACAACCAGGGUAUGGACAUGAAGUUUCUGCGGGCUGCUUUAACAAUGGCAAAGACAGCGGUAUACUCACUUCAUAAAACAUCAACACGAGAGCACAUACAAAAGAAGGCUAAUGACUGGGGUGUGAAGAUGGAAGUAAUAGCAGAAUUAAGAUACGACCUGCCAGCUUCUUACAAGUUCCACAAAAAGAAAUCGGUUGACAUCCAGGUGGACUUCUUACGGUUUUCCACAGCCUGACAGUUUCACUGGAAUGGAUUAAGUCGCCUCUGUAUUUUCACUGUUUUUAAUAAAGGUUUUCAAAAAAGAAA